ACGAGGUUGUGUUUUCUCCCUUCCUGUUAACUCUAAGGUGUUAGAGAACCCAGCCUAUCCAGAGGUAGUCAGUCUCUGGAUUUUGUGGGGGUGAGCAGAAACGUUUUUUAAAAAUGGAGUGCUGUUCCUUUAAAUCCUGCAAGUGAACUUGGCUUGGGAAGAGCAGCAGCUCAAGGUCCAGCCCCAGAAGAGAAAAGAGCUCCAGGCUCCCCAUCCUCAGGGUUUGCAAGGGGACAGUGGUGCCAGCUGGCUCCUGCAGGCUCCUGGCAUCAUGGCAGUAAAGCUUGGGACCUUCCUGCUGGUGUUUGGGCUCAGUCUAGUUUGGCCAGCUUCUGCCCACCGGAAACUCCUGGUAUUUCUCCUGGAUGGUUUUCGCUCAGACUACAUCAGCGAGGAGGUUCUGGCAUCCUUGCCUGGCUUCAGAGAGAUUGUGAACAGGGGAGUCAAAGUGGAUUACUUGACCCCGGACUUCCCCAGCCUCUCCUAUCCCAAUUACUACACCCUAAUGACCGGCCGCCAUUGUGAGGUCCACCAAAUGAUUGGGAACUACAUGUGGGAUUCCACAAUCAACAAGUCAUUUGACAUUGGGGUCAACCGAGACAGCCUGAUGCCCCUCUGGUGGAAUGGAUCAGAGCCGCUGUGGAUCACGCUGAUGAAGGCCAGGAGGAAGGUCUACAUGUAUUAUUGGCCAGGCUGUGAAGUUGAGAUUCUUGGUGUCAGACCAACUUACUGCUUAGAAUAUAAAACCGUCCCAACCGAUAUCAACUUUGCCAAUGCAGUCAGCGAUGCUCUUGACUCAUUAAAGAGUGGCCGAGCUGACCUAGCAGCCAUAUACCAUGAGCGUAUUGAUGUGGAAGGCCACCACUAUGGCCCCUCGUCACCCCAGCGAAAAGAUGCCCUCAAAGCUGUGGACACUGUACUGAAGUAUAUGAUCCAGUGGAUCCAGGAACGAGGCCUGCAGGAUGACCUAAAUGUCAUCAUUUUCUCAGACCAUGGGAUGACAGACAUCUUCUGGAUGGAUAAAGUGAUUGAGUUGAGCAAGUACAUCAGCCUGGAUGACCUGCAGCAAGUGAAGGACCGAGGGCCUGUUGUGAGCCUGUGGCCAGUCCCUGGAAAACACUCUGAGAUAUAUCACAAACUCAGCACAGUGGAACACAUGACUGUGUAUGAGAAAGAAGCGAUACCCAGCAGGUUCCAUUACAAGAAAGGGAAAUUUGUCUCUCCUUUGACUUUGGUGGCCGAUGAAGGGUGGUUCAUAACAGAGAAUCGAGAGAUGCUUCCGUUUUGGAUGAACAGCACUGGCAAGCGGGAAGGCUGGCAGCGUGGAUGGCAUGGAUAUGACAAUGAACUCAUGGACAUGAGAGGCAUCUUCCUGGCCUUCGGACCUGAUUUCAAGUCCAACUUCAGAGCUGCUCCAAUUAGAUCCGUGGACGUCUACAACAUUAUGUGCAAUGUAGCAGGCAUCACCCCACUGCCCAACAAUGGGUCCUGGUCCAGGGUGGAAUGCAUGCUGAAGGGUCAGACCAGCUCAGCUCCAUCUGUCCCGCUGAACUGCUAUGCACUGGCCUUGAUUCUCCUCUUAUACUUUGCCUAGCUUGUCAUAUUGCUCAUUCCAAAACACUGUUCCCAUAUGGCCAACCUCCAACAUGGGGCAGUUUUCAUUUUCUUUAUGAAUAAUAGCUUUAUUAACACAAUCAAGGUCGUUAAAUUUGUAAAUAUAUUAUUCUUGAAUAUAUACACAAAGUCCCUUCUUUUAAAAAAGAGAAAUUCUUAAACUGUUUUACCUAAAAAUUUGACAUUUUUAUCUUUUCAUUCCCGUCACUACAUAGUUUUCUCCUUUCUUCGCACAUCUUUGAUGAAGAUGAACAGUGUGAGCAGUAGUCUGCCCCAGCAUCAGUCAAACAUUAAAUGGAUAUCCUAUAGUCAUCCUGGGUCCCUCUCAUCCUGCCUUGCCCUGUCAAUUAGGCCCUCUGUGUCCUGUCUACAUUCAAGGGCUCAUACUUGGGAUCUGCAGCCACAAUUCUUCAGUCUAUUCUGUUCCAGAAAGAGGGGGUCUAGCUACAGGAAAGCAACAUGUGCCAUCUGUUUCUGUCCUGGUGCAUGGCGUGUUUCAUGACACAGUCUCAGAAAGCACACAGGCCAGUAGAGAUCACCAGUCAAACAAUUAAAGGAUCAAAAACAACUAGACAACUCAUAGAACUGGCGGAAACCAUGAUUUCCUCUCUCAAAAUCUGAGCACGCAAUAGCUUCAUCAAUUUCAUCGAAGGGUUCUAUGAGACUUAAUACACAAUCUCUCAUGGUAUAAAGCCUUGUGAACCACAGGCCCUGAACACUGAUGCAUUCCGAUCAUCUGCCUACCUGAUUCAGCUGCCUAUGACCACUUACUUCCCUCAGACACUGCCACUCUUUAGCUCUUGAGUCAGGUCACAAAGCAGGUGAAUACUGGCUAUGUCAGUAUAGGCUUAGAAAGGAAGAGAUGUCUCAGUGAUAAUAAGAACAUUAGAAAUCUUAACCCAGCUGGGCAGUGAUAACGCACACCUUUAAUCCCAGCACUCCAGAGGCAGAGGCGGGUGAAUCUCUGUGAGUUCCAGGCCAGCCUGGUCUCCAUAGUGAACUCCAGGACAUCCAGGACUACACAGUGAAACCCUGUCUCAAAAAGAAAAGAAAAGAAAUCUUAACUCAUUCCUAAGAAUAGUGACAUAUCAAACACAAGUUUCAUAUUUCAGGAGUCCAGAAGAGGACUAUAAAAAGAGCUGAUUAUAUUUUUUUAUGGUGAGGGAGCAAGACACAUUCAACAGAAUGCAUUUUGAAUUUUGAACUUGAACAUUUUCUCAGUCUAGUAUUAUGCAGUGUGGCACCGUCUCACGAGGCUGGCCAGAUGCAGCAGCAAGCCACAGCACCCAACCAGCCACAGGAUCCUGGGUGGAAACACACAAUAUCCUAGAGCACCAUGUGUUGCUAAACUGUGAAGAUCUGUAGGGUGGUGUAUUAAAUUCGUUUUGACUAAAUAAUAUUUCUAAUUUAUGACAGGUUUAUUAGGAGCGACCCCAUCAUAAAUUGAGGAGAUUAUUAAUCUUGUUGCUUUGUAUUCAAAAUGAGUUGGCACUAAAUGAGUCACUAAAAGUAACACUGUGUUAGGGAAAGACAAAACAUCAGAUCUCAGAGGGAGGAAGCCUUUGUUUGGUGUUUGGCUUAGAAAAAGAAAAGGACUCCCCCACAGCACCCAGGUUUGGUAAAGAUGGAGUUGCUACAGUGCCUUGAAUCAAGAGAGCAAAAGAUCACUGCUUGAAAAUGUCGUGUUUAUCCUCACAAAAGAUUUCUAAGGAUUUAUGUAAUGUGUUUUUAAAGCUCCAACAAACCAUGGAAUCAACUGGAAAGGAGGGGAAUCAGCUUUUGUUGUGUGGUUGAAAGCAAAUUAGUACUUUCAGAACACUGAUAGGAGCUGUGGAAACAGACAUCUAUUGUUCAAAGUUUUCUUUUCCCCUAAAGAAUGGUGUUUUGUUGAAUUCCAGGAAGCUGGCUUGACUGCCUUUACAGAAGAAGGGUUUCUGAGAGACAUUCAAGUGAUUAAAUUAAAAGUGAAUCAUUAAAAUCAAGAGGGGAUAAUAAGAGUGUACACAAUAUGGCCUUUUUCUUUCUUCGUCUAUUCUGUCCUCUCCUUCACUCAUCCUUAAAAACCCUUAAGUUAUAUAACAAAAUUUCAGAGCUCUGUCUCAUAAAGUAUAAUUUCUACAUAAGAAAUGUUGAAUGAAAGAAUGAGAAUAAGUAGAGGUCAGUAAUAAACUAAUGCAUAUAUUCUGAUGACAAUAAUUAGUUGGCAGAAUUUUACCUCCUUUUAGUUUUGCCUUGAAACCUAAUUAUCUUCCCCAGUUAAAAUCUCCCACCCACUAUUAACCCUGUCUAGCCUCAGAGAUGAGAUACAGUAUGUUCAUGGUGCUAUGGCUGUAGACUUUGCUUUUUCUAAAUGUGAUGUGUUCUGUAAAAGUAAAAUGUUCUGGGAAUAUGCACACACAUCACUCCUCCUGAACUUUUCUGAGACUUUAGAGCUAAUCCCAGGAGGGAGAUAACCAAGUAGACCUACCACUGAGAAAUGAAAGGGAUGUUCUUCAAAUUAAAGAUGAGACUAAGGGCUACUUUCUCUGCCCAUGUGCCUCAUCUCCAGAAUCCAAUUUAAUUAAGUUCUAAAGACCUAACCAUAAACUACAAUAGGUCCAGGGAAUUCUCCCAAGCCUAGAAGAGUCUUAAAUUAUAAAGGCACAAUUCUCUACACUUUUAAAGAGACUCUGGAAAUCCAUAUUGGCUCUGAGUUCAGCCACAGAGAGCACCUAACAAACUCUUCCACAGUUGCAGGGAUAGGGCCUCAGACAACUCUUGUAAGUCGUAAUAAUGAAAGUUUGGGUUCACUCCAAGGAAACAUGGGUUUGGAUUCAAUCCUUGGGAUAUCUGAAUCCCCAGAGAGCUGUUUCAUAAUUAGCCAGUUUCUCCAGGGAUCAUCAGCUGACAUUGGCCACUGACCAACCCCAUUUGGGUCAAGCUUCCAUCCUUCCAAAACUAAGGGGGUGGUCAGGUCUGAAAGUUCUUGAGGAGGAAAGAGCAAUAGCAAAGUCAGCUGCUGCACACCCUUCCUUGUGGUUCUAGGAAUCCCAACGGUGCUAUCAAACCAACUUGGACAUUGUUCAAGACACACAGAUCUUUUGUGGAAUUUUCUGUUUUGAGUUUGUGUAACUGUCAAGAGAUUUCCAAGUGUGAUUUGCAUUUUACCUUUUUAAGCAACUUGUGAUGGACCAAAGUCAGCUACUAUAAAUUAUUUGCUAUAUUAAGGAGGGCAUAAGCAAUGCCCACUGGUUAUUAAGCAUUUGAAACUUGAUGUGGAGUUUACACUAAGGAGAAUAUGUGUGGCUUGGAAAUCAUAAAAUAGUACCUAGUACAAUAUCUUAAAUGUUUACAUUUUGAAUGAAACAAAAAGAAUAAAUAUCAACAGGAAAAUUUAAA